CGCGGGCGACGGCGGUGACAAUGGCGGCGGCGGCGGUCGCAAGCGCGGCGGCAUGGGCUUCGGCAGCGGUCGUUCACGUCGCAUGGGCGGCGGCGGCGGCGGGUUGCUGGUGCGUUCGGACUCCAAGAGCGAUCUGACAGAGGCGCUGAAGAUCGGGUCUCCGGCGGCCUUGCAGGUGGCGCUAUGGGUGCGGCUGCGUGUGCUCAUGCCGCUGCUGCCGCUCAUCUACAAGGACCGAGAGCCCGACCCGCGCCGCAACCUGCGAUGCCAGCUGGUGCCCGCGCUGCUCCAGCUACUCGCCUCGCAUCUGCUGUGGAGCCAGCCGCAGUCGCAGCCCAGCGCUGCAGCUGCCGCUGCCGGCCCUGCAGGAACCGGCGGCGGGGGCGGUGUCGGAGUAGCCGCAGCUGCUGACGUGGCGUCGGCGGAGGGAGGUGAGGCGGCGCUCGCGGCUGCUGCCGGUGCCGCUGCGGCGCUGGCUGGGGAGGCGCUUCAUGAGCGGUUGCUGCACGUGCUGAGUGCGCUGGUGUGUGACCAAUGGGCCUCAUGGCUCAAACCGCCGGGGCUGAAGAAGCUCAAGGACGUCCCGCCGUACGACAAUGUACCGCAGCUGCUAGCGGAUCUAGAUCUGGCACUGUCAGCAUCGGCAGCCGCCAUCUGCGCCUCCGCCACCGCUGGGAGCAGCACCAUCAGCAGCAGCAGCGCCAGCGCCGGCAAUCCUCCUCCCGCGGUGUCAAUGUCAAGCGGCACUGUUGCGGCCCUCAUGGGCGGCAUGCGUGAGCGAAUCACCGCUGCGCUCCCGCUGCAGGGCGUUAUGUCACGGCAGCUGCUGCCGCUGCAGCCACCGCCCGCGCAACCCUCCACGACGACGACAGCAGCCGCGACGGGGACAGCGGCUGAGGGUACGACAGCUACCGGAGGCUCCGAAGCCGCUUUUCUUGCAACCGCCAACACCUCCGUAUCUUCAGCAGGAUUUCCUGGCCAGUACGUCGAAGUGGAUCCGGCUGCGCUGUUGCCGCUUGAGUCGUUGACACAAGUGGGUGACGUGUCUGCUCAGCCGUACAGUGGUCGUGCCGUACAGCAUGUGUCGUACACAGGAGGCCCUGUGUACGGAAGUACGGGAGGGGAGGCAGGCGGGAUGGGAAGUGGAGCGCUGCUGGCGGGGGCGGUGCGGAUGAAGAGGAGCUGUUUGUCGCAAUGGCUUGCGGCUGCUGAGGGUUAAGAGUGGAUAGUGAGCGACGAGAAGUGGGAGUUAGGACAGAGGCGUGGACGUUUCGCUGAGCAAGCUCGAGUGGGAAUAUGGAACUAGCGGUGCUUUUGUCCAAGUCAGUGCUUCUAUCUUCCCUCGAGGGUGACCGAGAAACCCUGCGACCCGAGGCGUUUUAGGCCCUUCACAUUUUUGCACGUUAAGGAUCCAAGGACCCACGUUUUCACCUGUUACGAAAAGGGGCUACUGGUUUUGCGUGCCUUGACCAGUGGCACUAAGCACAUCGAGCUCUCCAUACGUGGCAAUACAUUGAAGCCCUCGAAAGACCCCCCAUGGAUGCGCCCCCCAUGGCGUUAUGUUCCCAUGGCAGCCGUUUCACCCUGUCUAACCCAACACCUGGAUGUACACGUUUACCAUUUACCUGGCGAUGUUGAGUACAUUCUUUCUGGAUACGUUCGGAAUGAGACGAGCUUGUGCCAUUCCCUGCGGCUGCGCCCUGAUGGAAGGGGCCCAUGCACGGCGUGCCGGCACC